AUGGGUAUUCCUACUGAUCUUUAUACAAUCAACAUAGCUAUUAACUGUCAUUGUCGGUUGAAUCAAGUUUCUUACGGUUUUGCCUUCUUAGCCACUGUUUUCAAGCAAGGUAAUCCACCCGAUUCGACCACCUAUAACACUCUCAUAAACGGGCUUGUUCUAGCCGAUCGGGUCUUUGAAGCUGUUGAGUUAUUCAAGAAACUACUUAGAGAGAAAAUUUGUGAGCCUGAUCAGUUUAUGUAUGGAACCGUUAUUAACGGGCUCUGUAAAGUAGGUCACACUAGCAAGGCCCUUGAAUUGCUGACGGUUAUGGAAUCAGGCUCUUGUAAACCAUGUGUACAUCAUUACAGUACAGUCAUUGAUAGCCUCUGCAAAGAUCGAAUGGUUGAUAAUGCGUUAGAACUGUUUACCAAAAUGACUGAAAAGGGUGUCCGUGCAAACGUUAUCACUUACAAUUCUUUGAUUCGGGGUCUAUGUAACUUUGGUAGAGAGACAGAAGCUGCAAAAAUGUUGAUAGAUAUGGAGGAGGAAGGGGUAUCUCCCGGAGCGUAUACGUUUAAUAUCUUGGUGGAUUCUUUUUGCAAGAAAGGAUGCGUAAAAGAUGCAGAGCUUGCUGUACAAGCAAUGGUGCGAAGAGGACUAAAUCCAGACGUAAUCACUUAUAACGCACUAGUCGAUGGAUAUUGUUUACGUGGUGAAAUAGAUGAAGCGGAGAACGUUAUAGAUCGUAUGAUGGAGAAGGAUAUCGUGCCCGACAUCAUCACAUAUAGCAGUCUGAUAAAUGGAUAUUGUAAGAAGAAGCAAAUCGAUAAGGCCAGGCAUCUCUUUCAAGAAAUCCAAGACAAGGGUUUGAUUCCGGACGUUAUUACUUACAAUAGCAUGUUACAAGGUUUGUUUGAAUCAGGGAAUCCUGCAACGGCUAGAGAACUCUUUAACAAGAUGCAAGCAAAGGGACAUGCUCCCGAUAUAUGCACCUAUCGUAUCGUAUUCCAUGGUAUGUGCAACAACUUUCAGUGUUCUGAUGCAUUGGCUCUCUUCCGUUCGUUGGGAAGCAACGAAUUGAUGAAAGAUGUACGGUUGUAUACUAUAUUGAUUGACGGUUGUAGCAAAUGUGGGAAGCCUAACUUGGGUUUGGAUUUGUUUGAUGAACUUUUAUUGAAAGGAUUGAAACCAACUAUUAGGACCUAUACUGUGAUGGCACGUGUAUAUUGCCGAGAAGGGUUAUUGGUUAAAUGUAAAGAAAUGGUUAGAAAGAUGGAAGAUAAUGGUUGUUUGCCGGAUAGCGUCACGUACAAUGUCAUUGUUCAAGAGUUGAUGAAGCAAAACGGGUGUGAAGAGGCUGCGGUUUUUCUGGAAGAAAUGAUUAACCGAGGUUUCUUUCCGGAUUCUACUACUUUUUCGAUGGUGCUACACCUAAUUCCAAAUGUAGGAAAAGAAUCUCGUAUGCGAACGAUCGUUCAAAAGCUUAUAAGUGUAGAAAGAAAAGAUUCUUGA